AUGAACAGAUGUGCCGGCUUUUUUAAACGAUCAAUAAGGCGAAAUCGACAAUAUGUUUGUAAAAAUCAUGGCAUGGGAAAUUGUCCUGUUGAUAAAACACAUCGAAAUCAAUGCAGAGCAUGUCGAUUAAAAAAAUGCCUAGAAGUAGGCAUGAAUAAGGAAGAAAUAAUUUUUAUUUCUGCUCUUCCAGCUGUACAACAUGAGCGAGGACCACGAAAUUCAACGAUUCGUCGUCAAAUGGCAUUAUUACUCAAAGAGUCUAGUGAUUUGAUCAAUGCUUAUCAUACCGCGCCAUUUCUACGUACAAAUGGAAUUGCUGCACAUGUAAAUAUGAAUCUCCCCAUUACACCAUCAACAUCCAUGACAGUCACUACCGCAUCUUCUUCCAACAGGACAAGUAUAUCUUCUCCAAUCACUGCCGUUUCUCCAACAGUCGUACAUCCCACACCAAAGCAUCCAUUUGAUUUACGAAUUAAUUAUCAUGAUACACAUGAAACAGCUGCAAGAAUAUUAUUCAAUGCUGUUAACUGGGCAAAAGCUGUGCCGGCAUUUUUCGGUUUAUCUAUUCGAGAUCAAGUAAUGUUAUCAUUACUGGAAGAUGGUUGGAAAGACUUAUUUGUACUUGGUGCAGCUGAAAAUCAACUAUCACUCGAUCGAGAUGAUUUGUUAACCAAAGCGGGUAUUUACAGUGAAAAAUUAUCGUCUGAUAUUGAACAAUUACAAGAUUUUAUUCUUAAAUUUAAACAAAUGCAAGUUGAUUCAACAGAAUUUUAUAUGCUAAAAACUAUUGUCUUAUUUAAAACAGUAAUUUCUAAUUGUAAUGCCUCUUUAAACAAUUUACAUUUACGUGAUUUACAAAGUGUAGCAUGUUUACAAAGUCAAGCACAAGCUCUGUUAAAUCGAUAUAUAGCCACUACUUAUCCUACACAACCACUUCGUUUUGCUAAACUUUUAUCAAUGAUACGCUCUCUACUUGAUAUAUCAUCAUCAACAAUCGAAGAAUUACUUUUUCGUAAAACGAUUGGAACGAUACGAAUGGAACAACUCGUUAAAGAUAUGUACAAAAUGCCCGAUAUACCGUCACUGUUAUAA